UCAAGUGUGUUAUUUGAUGGGAUAAUACAUACGAGUCAACACAAUUUCUGCCACGAUCAACAGAGGAAACUAAACUUCACUUAAUUCUGUUUUUUUUUAAUUUAUUCGAUAAAAAAACGGAAAAAUAAAAAAUAUUAAAAAUAAAAUUAACGAAUUUAUAAAGAAAAAUAAGAAAAUAGUGAAGUUUAAAAAAUUCGCAACUAGUGUAAACGGUGUGUUUUUCAUAUGAGGCUUAGUCAAUGAGAAGAAAGCCUUGAUAUUGCUAAUAAUUUCAAAAGAACUUUUGUUAUAAAUAAAUAAUCAGUGAAAAUGAAAUACUUUUCCACAUUAUGCCUACUGUUAGCGCUUAGCAGUCGAACGUGGGCGCAGUACUAUUAUGAACCAGUAUCUAACUACCUCUCAGCCGAAUCUCAACAGCAGAAUUUCGGCAAUGGUUAUGUAUACAAUCCACCACAAAAGCCAUUUGAGUAUCCUCAAAAGCCGGGCUACUCUUAUCCAGUGCCACAGAAACCAUUUGAUUUACCCACUAAGCCAGCACCUACUAAGGGAUACUCAUAUCCACAGCCUAAACAACCAUUUGAUUAUCCCAAGCCAACACCGGCUAAACCAGGCUAUUCGUAUCCACAGCCCACAGUGAAAUUUGAUUUACCCACGAAACCUACACAAAGACCUACGGCACCUGUAAGACAAACCACCAAAGGAUAUUCAUAUCCUACGCCAGAGGUGAAAUUUGAGUUGCCAACUAAGACACCAGCGAAGGGUUAUUCAUAUCCCACACCAGCGGUUAAAUUUGAUUUACCCACACAAAAGACCGGUUACUCUUAUCCAACACCUGAAGUUAAAUUUGAAUAUACCACCACUACUCGUAGACCUACAUCACCUCCACAAAAACCGGGUUAUUCUUACCCCACUCCUACAGUUAAAUAUGAUUUGCCAACACAAAAGACUGGUUACGCUUAUCCUACACCAGCAGUGAAAUUCGAAAUACCCACACAACCACCUCAAAAGACCGGUUACUCUUAUCCAACACCUGCCCAGAAGUUCGAAUUACCCACACAGCCACCUCAAAAGACCGGUUACUCUUAUCCCACACCCGCAAUUAAAUUUGAGCAGACCACUACUAGAAGACCAACACCAGCUCCACAAAAGCCAGGAUAUUCUUAUCCCACUCCUGAAGUCAAGUUUGAAUUGCCUACCCAAAAGACCGGUUACUCUUAUCCUACACCUGCUCAAAAAUUCGAAAUACCCUCACAGCCUCCACAAAAGACUGGUUACUCGUAUCCCACUCCAGCUCAGAAGUUCGAAUUACCUUCUAAGCCCACACAAAAGAGCGGUUACUCGUAUCCAACUCCUGCACAAAAAUUCGAAUUACCCACUCAACCACCACAAAAGACUGGUUACUCUUAUCCCACGCCCGCACAAAAAUUUGAGUUGCCUAGCCAACCACCACAAAAGACCGGUUAUUCUUACCCCACUCCUGCUCAAAAAUUUGAAUUACCCUCUAAACCAACGCAAAAAUCAGGUUAUUCUUAUCCCACUCCUGCUCAAAAGUUCGAGUUACCCAGCAAACCCACACAAAAGACUGGUUACUCCUACCCAACGCCAGCCCAAAAAUUCGAAUUGCCCACACAACCACCACAAAAGACUGGUUACUCAUAUCCCACCCCGGCUCAAAAAUUCGAUUUACCUACUAAGCCCCCACAAAAAGCCGGCUACUCUUACCCAACACCAGCCCAAAAAUUUGAGUUACCCACUCAACCACCUCAGAAAACAGGUUAUUCCUAUCCCACACCAGCAGUUAAAUUCGAAAUACCCACCCAGCCACCACAAAAGAACGGAUACUCGUAUCCCACACCCGAAGUGAAACUCUCAUAUCCCACACCCGUGCGAAAUGGUUACUCGUAUCCCAAACCUUCUUUAGCCUUUGAAUAUUAAUGUGAUUCAAUCUCAAUCUAAUUUUAACUCCCUCUCGCGCUCUCUCUAUUUCUCUGUACCCCCCUUAAUUUAAUCUGUUCAUUAGUUUAAUUCUCAUAGUGUUGUUAAGUUUGCGAGUCUUUUUUUUACAAGUAAUCAAAACAAGUAAAUUUAAAAAUCGAAUCAUAGUCAUUAUUACUUAAAUUAUAAAUACAAAA